AUUAGAGAUACGGGUGACGGCGGUUACGUUCCUCAUAUAUCUUCAGAUCUAUGAGUGAAAUCAAUUACCAGUUGAAUAGCUGAGGCUGUGAGACCUGUGUUAACAAUGGGGAAACCUUCAUGGGUUCGCACUGUUAUAACACAGUUGUCUCUCUGCUUGGCUGUCUUGCUUGCAUUCAACUUGGGUCGGCCUUGGGAGAAGCCCAUGUCCCACAGCAGCAGUGGCAGUAGCAGGCCUCUUGACCUUUACUUUAUCAGUGUUAGAGGAGGAUUUAGACCUCUUAAUCAACAAACCCAUCUUCUCAAACAGAUGGAGAAGGCGGCAAAGACUUAUGAGGCAAGGUUUGUGAUAAACAUUAGUGAACUUGGGGAAGACGAUCCACUCACACAGAAUGGUACUUGGCGUUUUUCAACACUGAAAGUUCCCUGGUACAGUACCAGAGUUUCAAGAGGACAAGGAACAGGUUACUUCCUAAAGCAGAUCAAAAUACCUUUUGGGAAGACCUUAGACAUUAUUAGUUUGGAUACUGGGGCAUUUAAGGAUUUUAUGCUUAUGAAUCCGUUAAAUGGUGCUGGAAAUGAUCAAUUACAUGGGCUGACAAAGACACUAGAAACAUCAGAUAGCGACUGGCGCAUAGUUGUUGGUUUCUGCUCAUUGGCUGUUUGUGAAGGAAACAGGGAACGAAUAGAAAUACAACUUUAUGAGCAUCUACACCAUAUUUUUUAUAAGUUUGGAGUGGAUGUGUACCUGAGUGGGGAGGGAUGUAGUGACUAUGCUCGUAAAGAUAGUAUAGCCUACAUCAGGAACCCAGGUUCAAUUGAUGAAAAACUUCCUCUUGCUUCUGUAAAUCAAAUAUCAGGUUUUAGUAAGGGAAUGGUUAAUGGGUUCCUUCUUCAUAGAGUCAGCUCCUUAGAGAUUGUGAGUAUUCGUCUUUUUUUACUAAAUUUGUUCUUGUUGAAGCACCAACAAAUGUUCUUUUUCCAUGGCAGGAAACCUACUUUGUUAACUCAGCAGGGGAAGUUGUGCAUGAUGUAGUACUUCAACAGAGGGGCAAGGCAGCCAUGUAAUUUCUCGGCAAGGGGAAACCGUUAGGUGUAAAUAAGGAGGAGGAGCUAGCUUUGGAUGAUGGGCUAACCAUUUUGGUUUGCAUCUUCACAUAUUGAUAAAAGGGCUUGGCAGCCAUGGGAAGAUGGAGGUCGGGCAUUGCCUAUGCUGACAUUUGGUAAUGAAGAAGUAAUUCUGCUUUCAUGGGGCUAUAAAUAGAUACCAUGGGACCACAUAAAGCUAUGUGGACAAGGCUUGUAAUUUUUGCAGAUCUGCCUUUACCAGGCUCUCAUCAAGUAAUCUCUUCCUUUCCUUCUUUCAUCUUGUUUAACCAUUUUGGAGCUAGUAGAUAUGAAGCUUGGUUAUUUGGGAACUUGGGAGUAGAGUCUGUGUAGCUAUGGCAUGUAGGUUUGAGAGGGUGAUGAUGGUUGAUUCCAUGGUGUUAUACGAAUCCUUGGCGUAUGGCUUUUAAUAAAUGGUUUCUGGGAUGAUGGUUCCAGACUUAAGAUUU